GGUCCUGUCAAGCGAUAACAUUUCUGAUAAAGAACUGAGAUCACUGCAAACUAAUCCUCAUUUUCCAUCCAGACUCAGGCGUUUUAAAUAUUAUACACAGUCACCCUGAUUCCACGUGCACAGGCGAGAUUGGAAAUCGUCUAUCCCCUGUAACAAAACAAUUAUAAUAGCCUACCCCGAGAUCAACAAACAAACCACACAAAGACGGUUCAUGGCUUACGCCAAAGCUCCACCAUCUUUUAGACUGCAAAGACUAUUGCAAUUUAAUCAACAGAGAGAGAAGCGUUGUGAUGUGUGCUCCAGUGGAACCCAGGACUGCUAUGACCUGUGACCUCUGAAGACACAAGUGGAAGAAGAGAGACAACUUUUACAAACUUCAGAAAGACCCUGCCAACAACAACAAGACCAAAGAAAAGACAAUGGAAUAAAUGAAUCUCCAGCAUGGACGUGGAAUAAAGGAUACCUCAGUCAAGAAGCAGGGACCCUGGAUGUUGUUCUCACUCUGAUCAUCUUUCUCCCUGUGGAAUCUGUGCUGAUAAUGCGCUAACCCAAUGCUCAGCAGAGAUAUGGUGAGGAAAAAGAACCCCCCUUUGAGAAGCUUCGGCGGUGAGGAAGAAGGAGAAGGUGAGGCUCUGGCCGCGGAAGCCACCGGGCCGGAUAGCGAGGACAGUGCCGGGAGCCGGUCUUCAGAGCCCAACGGUGCCGACGGGCUGCUGCCGGCCGAACUAGGCCGGGCCCACGUGCCAGUCCCAGACGAGCAGGAGGACUCCUCUUCCUCCCCGGGCUCCGUCUCAGGCUCCAUCAAGCGGGACGGAGGAGGGAGGGGCGGCGGAGGAGUGGGAACAGCCGCGGCAGUCAACACCGACAGGCCUGUCUUUAAUUACCCCAGCCACAAGAAGGGAGGAAAUGUAGCGUCCUUCCCCUGCCAUGAGGUGACAGACUCAGAUCUGCCGGCGCUCCCAUCCUGGGCCGGGCCCGACGGGGCUGUGUCUCUGUCUCCGCCCAGAUCAGAACCAGAUGAUGGGGACGGGAGACAGGCACGCAGCCCGGCGGGGGAGCUGCUGCUGGGGAAUGCCGGGGAGAGAGGAGGGGGAGAAAGGGUGGGUGUCAGGGAGGGGUUGUUGCUGGGCGCCCGAGGGAGGGGCGUCAUCAUCCAGGGCUUCACCAGUAACGGGGAGGACAAGGACCACUCCUACAGCCCAACAGGGGGGAUCUCAGUCCACCAGGAUGGGGUGGAGGGCUCUGGAAACCCCUUGCUACGCCCCCUCCACCCACAUAGGGGGGCAGGCGAGGGGGCCGAGAACAUCACGCCCAGCCCCCUGGGGGCCUGCUCUCCCAAACUGCAGGACUUCAAGUGCAACAUCUGUGGGUACGGUUACUACGGGAACGACCCCACGGACCUGAUCAAGCACUAUCGGAAAUACCACCUGGGCCUGCACAACCGCACGCGGCAGGACGCAGAGCUGGACACUAAGAUACUGGCCCUGCACAACAUGGUGGGCUUCUCCCCACAGAGCCAACACGCCAAAGACACUACACGGCCCCCGUCCUACACCGCCCUGACCGGGGCACCACUGGACUCUACAGGGUCUCCACGCUUCUUACUUAAUGGCACCUACGACGUGCAGGUGACGCUGGGAGAUACCUUCAUCGGCAUCGGGAGGAAGACUCCGGACUGUCAGGGAAACACCAAGUACUUCCGCUGCAAGUUCUGUAACUUCACCUACAUGGGAAGCUCCUCAGUGGAGCUGGAGCAACACUUCCUUUCUGCCCACCCCAACAAGAUGAAGUCCCAGCCCCCGCCGCUGCCGAACGACGACAAGCCCUCGGAAAGGAAGGGGAACUAUGUGACACGGGGUGGUGGCGUGGAGGGGGCGGAACCGGGAAAGUGGGAGGACCGGGUCGCGGUCCGUGCGGAGGACGACUCGGUGGCUGGCUACUCCGUCCCCAUCCACACCACAGACUCGCCGGGCAGGACGGGGGCCGACGACAGGGCCACAGACUCCCCUGGCUGGACGGGGGCCGACGACAGGGCCACAGACUCGCCUGGCUGUACGGGGUCCGACGGCGGCGCCACAGUGUUGGCCUAUUACUGGUGUAAAUACUGCAACUUCAGCUGUGAGUCGCCCAGCUCACAACGCCUCCUGGAGCAUUAUGAGAAGAGACACCGACAACCUGGAGGAGGAGGAGGGGGGACCAGGGAGGGCAGCCCAGCCAAGAGGGAGCGAUGGAGCAGCAAAUCCAGGGACGGAGAGAGAGACCCCCAUAGCCGGAGGAAAGACAAGACAGGAACGAGUGGCUCGAUGGGCGCAACGGACUCGGAGACGGUGGUGACCAGCUACAACUGCCAGUUCUGUGACUUCCGCUACUCCAUGAACCACGGGCCUGAGGUUAUUGUAGUGGCGCCUCUGCUCCGCCACUACCAGCAGGCCCACAGCAUCCACAAAUGCACCAUCAAGCACUGCCCGUUCUGCCCGCGCGGCCUCUGCAGCCCUGAGAAGCACCUGGGGGAGAUCUCCUACCCGUUUGCUUGCAGGAAGAGUGCAUGCUCCCACUGCGUCCUCCUUUUCCUCCAGCUAUCCCCCCAGGGUAGCUCCCCAACUCCCAGGCCCAGCGUCACCCACCUGUGUGACCAGUGUCCCUACGCCACCAGCGACAUCGACCUGCUUCUGCUGCACUACGACAGCGUCCAUGCCACCCACGGCGUGCUGGAGGUCAAACCCGAGCAGGAGGGAGCUGAAAUGGGGAGGUACUCGGCCCCUAAGGGCCCUCACGGGGAGCACUCAUGCACCAAGUGCCAUUUCAUCACAGAUGUGGAGGAGGAGAUCUUCCGUCACUACAGGAGAGUCCACGGCUGUUGUCGGUGCCGACACUGCAGCUUCACCGCCUCCGACACCUUGUCACUGCUGGAUCACUUCAACACGGCCCACUGCAAAGAGACCUCCUCCUCCCAUCCCUCCGCUUCCUUCGUCACCAUCAACGGCUGCUCCGCCACAACACCCUCCACCCUCAGCAUCAAGGAGGAGAGCAAGGGCGACCUCAAGCUCUACAGUCUGGUUCCCCCAGAGAGCCGCGCCGCCGAGGCAGGGCCCAGGGCCGAAGGGGUGAAGAGCGAGGCCCUGGACGAGAAGGAGGCCCAGGGGUCCAAGGGCUGGAUGGAGGCCAGAGAGGCCCAGGUCCAAGCCCACGCAGCAGGCCUUGUGUGGGUGCCUAAGGAGCGGGCCGGGGACAUCCUGAGGGGUAGUCCGGCCCAGUUCCCCCAGGGCGCCCUGAGUCUACUCAACGCCGUGGCUGCCUCCCAGGAGCACCACCACCAGCAGCAGAAGGGGGGUUCGGUGGUGCUCAGGGACUCCCCAGGCCUGGUGUUCAGUCUGGGGGGGAUCGACACCAAGGCCUUCCUUCCAGGACAGACUCCCGGUGGGGCCGACAAACCUGGGCAUCUGGCGCAGCAGUACUCCUCACCCACCGAUGGCAAGGCCAAGGAAGAGUCCCAGUCACUCUUACGGGUAAGACAACUCUCCACUCUCCCCUUCUUCACCCUCUCUCCUGUCUUYUUUCUUCAAUCCACUACCCAUCUCUAUUCAUGAAAAAACAGCCUGUUUUGGACUACAUUGUCCUGUGUUUUAAUGGCCUACGUUCUGCUGAUGUGCUCUGCUGGAGGUCCCUGCAGUGCAGAGAGAGGACCAAGGUGGCGGCCAUUUUGAAGCCACCCCCCGAAUGAUGAAUGGUGGAACUCAGAGUUGUGCCAUACCAGAGAUCCUCUAUUAUGUUCUCAUCCCUCACAUCCCUAAUGUCUCGCUCUAGUCUCCCAUCGUGUUUAUCAAUCUCCCAAAGCUGACUUUUGUCUCCCUGUACACUGUCCUCUGCUCAGCCCUAAUGAGGUAAGACUGAGCCAGCAGAACAGCAGGAAGAACCGCCUCUGGUUAGUU